CUAGAUCAGCUUCGGUUCGAAGAUGUUUGCGCUGCCACUGCCGCACGCAGCCAUGGGCUCAGCGCCAGUCCAGAGCUGCUGUCUCAGGCCAUGGGCGAUGGAUCUCGCGCCUCCCACCUCCAUGUUCCCCGCCCGCACUGGCCAUCAUGGGCGCAUGCGCACAUGCCAGGCUCGCACCAUCACGACUACACCCCGAUCAACACCGACGAGGAGGCACACCUGAGCCCCCGGAGCUUCCGGGGCCACCACCGGCAGAGGACGCACGUGCCGGAGGAGCUCGAGAGAGCGGCGGCCCCGCUGCGCGAGGGCCUCGAGCGCCGGCUGCCCUUCCACCAGCACCGCUGGAAGUGCGUGUCGCAGCCGGAGCGCGCCGGCUUCAUCCUGGGGGCCCACGCGCGGCUAGAGGUCACGCUCGUCGAGGCCCGAGGCCUUGUGCCGUCGCAGGGCGGAGGCUUCCUCAGGCACCCGCAUCCCUUCGUCAGGGUCCUCCUGGACGACACCACGGUCCACGAGACCCCGCACGUCAGGGCCUCGCGGAGCCCGGUGUGGGACGACCACUGCAGCGUGGACAUCGUUGCGGGAGCGUCGAUGGUCCGCUUUGCCGUGAACGACAUGGACAGUGACAAGGAGGAAAACGCAGUAGAUAUGUUGCAGAUGAACGCGGGGGAGUUGGACGUGAGCGAUCGGAAGCACGCUGGCCUGGGCUUCGUGGAGAUCUGCGUGGAGGACAUCCCCUUCGACCAGGAGCUCGACGGGUGGCUCGAGCUGCGGCUGGCAGGGAACCUUCAGGGCAACAGCCGGGAUCGCUAUCUGCAGCACUGCGGCCAGCGGGAAGACGCCCUGCACAAGGCGAUGGAGGAGCAGCUGCGGCGGCACGACGUGGCUCGCGGCCGCACCGAAUCGCAUCGAAGGGCCGACUGCCCGAGGAGGAGGAGGAGGAGGAGGAGCCACCUCGAGUUGUCUCUCGGUGUGGGUGCUCGUGUCGCGCCAGCGGGCUGAGCCCAAGGCUCGCCUUCGCGGCGUUCUUGCCGCGUUGGC